UCAAAACGGGUCACACUUUCGAGUGUAGUCCAAAACCCAGAUCAGGUCAGACGAGUCCCGUGCAGAGGUUGUUGCGGAGGAACGUCAGCAGCUCUAGGAGCCGAGUGCGAGCGUGAAUACAAUCCGACUCAAGGCAACCGCCCAACAUGGAGAAUACCGAUGAGAGCAGGGCUACCGAGGGCAGGUAGGUGCGCAGGACGGGAAUCAAACUAAAGUGAAGAAUGAGCCUUGAUGGCCUCUCGAGUGUGCUGUCAUCCAGCAACGGCCCGAGAGGCUGGGCUUCGAAACCAGUCGCUCCGCACAUAAAUCUCCUCAUCGUCAGAGGCUAACCAGGCAGACGAGAUGGAAAACAACCUUUUCAGCGCUAUAUAGUGAGGUGACGAUCGGAGAGACCGUCAAAGAGCUCUCGGGGGUACCUGGACUCGGUCUGGGCUAUCUAUGCCUCUGGGCUGUGGCGGCCAUACUUACCACUCUGAGGCGUGCGCAGGCAGGUCGGUGGAAGAGCGAGAAGCUCUCGAGUAACUUUCGCCGUCGUUUGACUCGUUCAACAGUUUCAGUCGACGACAUGACACGACGGGAAGGUACUGUUGAGACCGGGUUGACUCGAGGCCUGCCGAGGCGAGAGGCGGAGGCGGAACAGGUGAAUCGAAGAUGGCGGACCCACAGCACGAGCCAUGGGGAGACAUGAGCGUCUUCGACUCCUUGAUCGUGGAUCUUCAGGAGCUGUCAACGGGACCUGAACUAUUGCGUCCCUUGUAGUGCGCAAUCACCGAAGGGCGGGUUGCGUGAUGCCCAACCAGGAAGAUUCUGCUCCGGCAGAUGAAACUUGACAGAUUGGAUGAGCUGCACCUCUGGUGCCCUCCUCUUCGCGAACGACGACAUGAACUAGUGCGGGAGUGGACUGGUUCAGCCAUGGAUCCAAUCUGUUCCUCGCAACACGAGGAAGAAGAAGCCUCAGCCCUGAGCUCUCGCGCUGCGUUCGAGUCGUUGUCCUCCGGGGCUCUCUCUGGCCCUCUCAGAAGGACGUCAAAUUACCCACACUGCACGCGGAUUGAGGAGGAACGGCAUAAUAUCCGAUCGACGAAUACUGACUAUUUCCACCCAUUGCAAGCACACACAGAAUCAAUAUCUGCACUCUCGGUCUGUCAUAUUCCAAGCCUGGAUUAGCCUUUUGCGAAUGCGCAAGGGGUGCUCAAUGCCCCGCAGUCACCGAGCUUGUCUAGCCCGGCUCCGCCCUCACUCGUCGUGAGGCACUACAGGCAUGCGAUUGUCUUACGCGAUGUGAUGGAAUCCCAACUUCCAUCUAUCAGCGCGGAUUCCGCUUUUUCGUCAAGAAUGAUGGAAUCAGAUUACUCAGGCUCGUCAGGGUCCGGCGGCCCGGCCUACAACGCAGAGACUCCAAAGUUCCAAGAAAUCGAUGCCGUGCACGAGCUUCAUCGACCCAAAGUAGGGCCUCCCAUCAUUGAACUGGUUUUCUUUCAUGGGCUUCAAUUGGGAGAUUACAGCGAGGCUUACUUGAAAACGUGGAUGACACCCAAUCAGUCACAGAGCUGGAUAACGACGUGGUUGGUGGAGAAAUUUCCUCAGUCGAGGGUGCUUUCUGUUUCCUAUGACACGAGCAUCACAGAGAAUACGGCGAAGGAUGGCUCUAUUGAUUUGCCCGCUGUCGCUGUAAGCUUAGCGACGUUUUUGAUCGAGGGAGAGUCCGUGGGAGAUACCCAGUGUCCAAUCGUGCUGAUCGGGCACAGUCUGGGCGGCCUGGUGGUCAAGGAAAUUUGCAGUCAUGCCGAGCGACUGUCCCGAACUUACUCCGAGUCGCCCAGAGUCGUGCCCAUCAAGAAAUUUUUGAACAGCGUCAAGGGAACUUUUUUCUAUGCCACUCCCAACGGCGGAUCUCUGCAAAGAGAAUUGGCAGCCAUACUGUCAUCUACCGAGCCUUUCCUCACUCCAAAAUACCUGGAAUCGUUGAACGAAGACACUGGAAGGAUCAACGAGGACUUUGCCAAGCUGCGCAGGAAGUACGGUUGGAAGACGUACGGUGUUGGAGAAGCCGAUGAAACCGUAAUAUCGGGUGUGCAGGGUACCAGCUCUGUUGUGCUGGUUGACGAAGGGGAGGCUAGCCUGGACAUGGAUAUGUUCAGCAAAAUUCUAGGCACAAAUCACUUAAGUAUCUGUCAGCCUCAAGAGAGGACUUCCGAGAGUUUCCGGUGUCUCGUGGAUUUCGUCAUGCAUAUAGUUAACGAUCAAGAGGAUGCUGAGAGUGAAGACUUCCUUCUGCACUGCGGACUCCCGGAGCAUGGUGUAAGUUUAGAAGGGCGGGUGGAGCGUGUAAUGGAGCAACUCCAGCUUAGAGAAGCGCAUCCUGUGCUGGUGGCACUCGUAGGCAUGGGUGGCAUUGGAAAGACUACCCUGGCUCGGGCAGUGUUUAUAGAAAUCCACGCAAGUUUUGAAUACUCGUCGUUCAUCUAUAACGCGAGGGAGGCACUGAGACUGAGGGACCUGGAUGCUCUUAUUAGAGAGAACCUGUACAAAGGCGAGAAGAAGGAUGUUAGGACUAGUUCUAAUCAGUCUGUUUCUGUGUGGAAGACCCUGAAAGGGAAGAAGGUUUUGCUAGUCAUGGAUGAUGUGGAUGCCAGGGAACAGAUAAGCAUCGUGCUUUCCAUGAUAGAUUCAAACUGGUUCGGAAAGGGAACCAGAGUGAUCGCAACGUCCCGUGUGCGCAAUGAGGACGUUUUACCGGAUUUUAUAAAUUAUGAUGUGCGUGGCCUCACUCAAGAGGAAUCCAGAAUGCUCUUCUGUAGUCAUGCCGAGAAUCCAGAAGUGCCAGAUGAGUUGGUGAAUAAGGUAGUGGCUCAGUGUGGGGGCCUGCCUCUCACGCUGGAGAUAGUCGGAGCUUAUCUCCGCAGAGAAACGAACGUGGCAGUUUGGGAGGAAACCAUCAACAGGCUCCAGAGAGCAGAAUCAGCCAGUGGAAGCGUCGACGAUAGGCUGUGGAAUAAAUUGAAAUUGUGCUACGAGUCUCUGGAAAACAUGGAGCAGGAAAUGUUCCUGGAUCUGGCAACAAUAUUCUACGACCAUCACGAUUUAGAGCUGCUGAAGGCAGCGUGGAAGAGGAGCAUGAAGGCACCGGAGGUGGGCCUGAAGAAUCUAGUGGACAGGUGUCUGAUAAGGAUCGUCCACCAAGCAACAAAGAAUGAUAUCGAUUGCGGCCUGAUUUUGCAGAGGGAGAGGGUUUGGAUGCACGCACAGCUCCGAGACAUGGGACAGGUCAUAGCAGCCCACUCACGUCCCAGAAUUCUCGUGAGCACUAGUCUGGGACAAGAAGAUCCGGCUCUCAAUAACCUGAUAACUACCAACGCUAAGGGAGAGCCUAUGAUCAAAGGACUGAAGGUGUCGUAUGUCGAGAAUCGGCGCUGCCGGGAGCUCAGGACCAACAUACCGGCGAGCUGUUUCUACUUGCCGGACCUUCGCUACCUGGUCCUGGAAAACGUAGACAUCUCGGGGUUCAUCGUGAAAUUUUCGUCGAGCCUCGCUCUGCUGAGCCUUCAUCACUGCAGGAGGGUGCUCCAUAGCUCGUCCAUGAGCUGGCACAACUGGCCGAUCAGAGACACCGACCUGGCAAGCCUCGCCAACCUGGCGGCCCUGGAAAUAUGCACGGACCCGAAAAUCGACCGCCCCGGGUCGCCGGGAAGCAUUUCGUCGUCGUCGAAGUCGACACUGCCGACCGGCUUCCACAAGCUCGCUCAGCUGCGCGUGCUGCUUCUGAGAUCGAGUGCCGUGAAGGAACUCCCGCCCAAAUUCGGCUGCCUCCCGCGCCUCGAGUACCUGGACCUGCGAACGCGCGAGCUGGCCGCGCUUCCGGAGUCGUUCGGGCAGCUGACGACACUCGAGAGGCUGUGCCUGCAGUGCCGCGCGCUCCAGAAGCUGCCGGCUACUUUCGGGGAGCUGGCGUCGCUGCGGGUUCUGGAGCUGCACUCGCUGACGGUGGACGAGCUGCCCGACAACUUCGGCCGCUUACAGAACUUGCGGAAGCUGGAUAUAUAUUCCUGCCAAAAGCUCUUCUCCCUGCCCGACUCCAUCGGGGAGCUCACGGGGCUGGAGAGCAUGGUUCUGUCGUCUUGCAAUCAGCUGACCUUGCCGGAGUCCUUCGGGCAGCUGCAAGGUCUGAAGGAUCUCGAGAUUCGGUACUGCGAGAGGCUGAAGGAGCUGCCCGGUUGCUUCGGGCAGCUGCAUGCUCUUCACACGCUGAAGCUUCUGCACUUUUACGAGCUGGCCAAGCUGCCCUCGUCAUUCGGGCAGCUGUCCUCUCUCCAGGACCUGGAGAUGACCCAAUGCCUGGGCUUGAGGAAGCUGCCCGACUCGUUCGGCGAGCUCCGGUCUCUGAGGAAGUUCAAAAUCGUCGAAUGCUACGACCUGUCGGCGCUGCCCGCUUCGUUUGGGCAGCUCCUCACCCUCCAGUCUUUGACCAUUCAUCGGUGCCAGCUGCGGACGCUGCCCGAAUCUUUCGGGCGCCUCAAGUCCCUGCAGACGCUGAAGUUGGAAAAGCUGCCGAGCCUGCGCUCGCUGCCCGAGACUUUCGGGCACCUCUGGGCGAUGAAGACGCUGACCAUCCACCAGUGCGAGAACCUGCCGUGCCUGCCCGUCUCGUUCGGGCACCUUCGCGGGCUGCAGAGGCUGGAGAUGGAGCUCCAGAGCCGGAUCUUCACCAAGCUGCCCGACUCGUUCGGACGCCUGCCCGCGCUGCAGACGUUGAAGAUCCUCUCGUGCCAUCUGCAGGCGCUGCCCGAGACGUUCGGAGGGCUGUCGAUGCUCGAGAAGAUGCGCAUCUCGCUCAGCAAGGGCGUCAAGGCCCUGCCGGAUAUUCCCGACUCGUUCGAGCAGCUCGAGGCGCUGCAGGAUCUGGUCGUCGAGGUUCCUCCCAAGGCUGUGGCGAUGGACGUGCUCUCCGGGUGGCUCGAGAAAUUGGAGGACAUGGGUUGGAUCUGCACGCGGGGCUCCGAGGAAGGCGUGUACGCGUUUGCUAAAGUUUCUCGACACACCCCUUCCGUUUUCGACUUCGCUCACUACAUGCACAAGCGACGGGGAGUCGAAUGUGUGUGCGCGGCCCCCUCGAAACACAGUGGAAGGCAGUCGAGAGAGAGGGCGGAAUUCGGUCUGUGAUCGUGGGGAAAACCAGCGCGUCCAUCUCAGACUUCAGUCUUCGUUCCGAGGACUGUCGUCACAUUCUUUUUCGUUCGGUGACACUGAUCGCCGGUUAUCUCGUUCUCAGUCUAAUCCUCUUUAGUGGGGUUGACUGAUCAGCCUAAUCGAGUCGAGUCUACGUGCUUUUGAACGAUUUGACUAGAACUGAUUAGAUUCGAUUCGCCCAGCCGUAGGAGAAACCCGUCUUGCAAUUGGGUAUCUGAUUGGACUCGGCUACCUUCGAGGAAGAGCAGGGUUAGGGCUGGCCUGCUUAGGGUUGAGGGCCUGCUCAGACACAACUACGACGCACCAUCUCGCAAGCUCUCUUCUUGAUGAAUUGCCAUCCUGUCUCCAGUAGCACAAUUUUGCAUCACGAAAUCUGGGCGCACUUUUAAUGAACAUCCAGGAUCUUGGGCAGACAGGACGGCGAGGGCUCUGAAAUUUCCGUAAAAAAGUUCUGCCCGAACGUUCGCGAGGACUUGCUCGUCUCCGACAGGAGUGGGUAGUCGAGCAGAUUUCAGCAGAUUGGGAGCUCAAUGCUGAACUGCUUUUUAUUUCUCGUAUCUGUGGGCCAAGUCUGCCAGCUUUUCUUCUAUUAAUCAGGGCAACCAGCAAAGGAUGCUACGCGGGCUGUUUCAAUGGCACCAUGAGUAGAAUAGCGGAUACUCCGAUAGAGAUGCCUUACUGACAAACAGCUCCUUGUCCCGGCUGGUGACACAUACGAAAAUUUCUUCAUUUAGAUUGGUGCACGCAGAUUUCCUCUCUAUGCCUCCUGUGCGAGCAUCGGCGCAGCCACAAGCGCGUUGUGUCCCCCCUCUAGACAGCCACACUUUCUGUCUGAUGAGGGGAAAGUGUGAACGCUGCGACUUGAGAACUUACGGAAGAACUUAAUAGGUAAUUAGAGCUGGCCUGCAGAGCGCUAACAGUGUUUCAUCUGGCUUGGUUUAAAUUUUUAAGCUUCUGCUCGAUGUUGAAAUAGAUACGCGAAUUAAGAUCGAGGCAUCAUUCGGAUAUAAGGAUUAUACAAGUGAGUGGUUCUAUCUGAUCACCAUCGCUUCUUGUAUCCCCUACUGUCACUCGAUGACAGUGCAAGCUGACUGGCCGGCCUUGGACAUUUUAUUUAAAGGGAUGAUAUUAUCGGUCGACCUAGUAAUGGCUGGCCUUGCGAAAUCAUUUUUGUCCUGGCUUGUACUGGCUUGCUAUCACCUUCACCUUGUCAACAAAGUCUCUCCUCCCAGUUCCUAGGUAUUCUUGUAUAUACACGAAUACGGUGUGUUCGACGUAGUGUACUGUACUUGUGAUCUAACUCUGUCCAAAUGCGGAAAUGAAUACCAAGUUCAACUUUUGAGUAUUUCAGCCCUUGAUAU